UCCCGGUGCACAUCUGGCGGCUCCAGCAGGGGACGCCCGGAGCGGCCGGGGGCGGGCGCAGGUGCGGCUCCGUUUCCGCCUCGUCCCGCCGGGGCAGCGGCUCCGCGGAGCGGCCGCGAGUGAGGCCGGAGCUCAGGUGUGACCCCUGACACCCCACCCCUCCCCAUGGCUGAUAUGAUUUUCGGCAGCGGGACAGGCCCCUGGGUCUGCCCCAACGACCGGCAGCUGGCCCUGCGAGCCAAGCUCCAGACGGGCUGGUCGGUGCACACAUUCCAGACUGAGAAGCAGAGGAAGAUGCAGGCUCUGAGCCCCAAGGAGCUUGAGGUCAUCCUGGGAGUCAUCCGCAAGGCCGAGAAGCUGGACGUGGUCGAGCAGCAGCGCAUUGGGCGCCUGGUGGAGAGACUGGAGAACAUGAGGAAGAAUGCGAUGGGGAACGGCCUCUCGCAGUGCCUGCUCUGUGGGGAGAUGCUGGGGCUGCUGGGCAGCUCCUCUGUCUUCUGCCAGGACUGCAAAAAGGUCUGGAAGAGGUCUGGAGCGUGGUUCUACAAAGGGCUGCCCAAGUACAUCGUGCCUUUGAAGAGCAGCAGCAGCAGCAAGCCCCUGGAGCUGCAGCCCCAGCCCUGGCAGGGCGAGGCGGCCGUGCCGGAGCCGGAGAGCGUCGGGAGCAGCCGCUCCUUCACCUGGGCCAGGGGAAGAGUGGUUUCCAGCGACAGCGACUCAGAGCUCAGCUCCUCCAGCCUGGAUGACAAACCCAUCCCUGUGGGGUCAAAAGGCUCUCAAGAGAGAAAGCUCCAAGCAGGAAUGGCACCCACAAAGGGACCCAGCCAGGCCAUGAGCAGAGCCCUGGGGGUCCCCCAGUCCCCCCCAGUGUCGGGGAGCCCCAGCAGCCUGGGCAGUGAGCAGGGGGCCGAGCUCAGCCCCACGGAGAGCGGCCACAGUGACCAAGGCUGGGACAAGCGCGACAGCGACGCCGGCACCGGCACCCCUGGCAAACGACGAGUCCACACCAGAACACGGCUCUGAUGGAGGGGAAGAGGAAGCUGCUUUUUCCUGGAUCCAGCACUCCCAUUCCUUAGGUUUCACUCCAGACAGGAACUGCUGCUGGUGGUGACUUUGUGAUGCCGGCUCUUCCAUGGGCACUGGCGACACGGUGACACCUGGGCCAGCAGCUGCCUGUCCUCUGUGCACCCCAGCACAGCCUGGGGCUGGGGCUGGCACGUGGCUCCCACGGGGAAGGUGCUCCUGGUGUUUCCUUGUUCUGGCUGGAGUGAGCUUGGUGGGGCAUCAGGAACCAGCUGGUGAAGUUGUUCUCCCCUUCCCUCUCUCUGCUCAGGGCAAAUAAACGCUCCAAGGAGUUUGCUGUGAUUUUUUCACUCCUCUUGGCUGUGCACUGGCUCCUGUGAGGGGUCAGGGGAGAUUUGUGUUUGCUGCAGCUCCUGGGGGGAGCACACCCCCAGCCCAGCUGGCUGCCUGUGGGUACCCAAAUUGGAUAAAAGCUUUUAAAUUACUUUAUCUUGUAAAGCUCUGCAGAUUGCCCUCCCACGUGCACACCUUACAUGAGCAAGGGCCUUUCUUUUGCCUUUUUCCUGGAAGUCUUGAGCAUCUGGUUGACUGUGGUGGUGUCAUCAUGAGUCAGGCUGUUGAAAACUCUGUGCUCUGGUCCUGCUUAUUCUCCAGGACGGACCAUUUCCCUCCUAACGCCUGACAGAUGAGAAAAAUCAAAUUACCUCACAUCUCUAGAGCAAUUAGAUCUUUGAAGACCUGAACAAAAUCCACACUGGGCUGGUAGGAGACUGUGGAUUUUAUUAAAUGCUCUGAAGCUGACCUGUCUAUUAUGAAGAAACAAAGGAUUCCAAAAAGUUCCCUCUGAAAUCAUGGCAUUGAAGGCAAUUUGUGCCCAUUAAUGUCAGCCUUUCCCCUCGGUUAUUACUCCUUUGUUCUGUUUUCCUUUGCACUGGGCACUUUGUGUGCAUGUAGUGUGUGUUCUUACAAAUGGCUGCAGUAUGAAGAUAAAUGAGGUUGGGUGCUGGAACACUCUGGCAGAAGAUCGGAAAUCAAUCCCUGACUUGCUUUUUAAAUGAACAUGGCCCACCAGAGGACCAUUCCCUUUCUGCUUUCCCAGUUAAUGUGCUGUGGCAGGUUACUGGUGAAAUGCUUCCAACGCUUCCUCUGUGAUCUGUUCCUGCCCUUUUACAAAUGAAAACAAAACCUUUGGGCCCUUUGGGCUCCCUGAGGUGGCAGAAAAAGAAAUCACUGGACAUGGGGCCCGCACCAUUGGUGUUGGUCGUUCUCUGCUGAGGGAUAUUUUAUGUGAUUUUUAUUUUAUCUGUUGUUAACCUGGCCAUUAAGCUCCAUCUCUGGAAUGGGCAAGGCCAAAACUAUCAGCAGCAUCUGAAAAAGUAACUCCAGCUGUCAGCUUUUGCUGAAAUACUGGUGUGGUUUCAGAGCUGCUGCUUCUGAGAGCUGUAGGGUCUUCAAUUUCCAGAGUGUUUAGGCACCAAAACCAGUUCUGCUUUGCCUUGAAGCUUUUGACAGUCCAAGUGAGGUUUGUCGUGCUCGUUACUGCAGCACCUCAGACAGCCUGGCCUGCCAGCCAAAGUUAAUUCUACAGCAGAAGGAAAAAGACUUUUAGGAACUGACUCUGUUUUCUUUAAACCUGUUACUUUCUCAUCACUGAGUUGGAAAAAGCUUUGAAAAUGGGGGGUGUCAUUUGUAACUCUCCCUGAGUCCCUUGUGCUGCUCUCCUGGGCAGUGCAGGCGGGUCAGUCGUUCCUCAGUCCCACACUGUGGAACAGGAGCCUGGGAAUCCUUGCUGUGCCACUGACAGGCACCAGCUUCAUUUUUAACUGAGGCCAGCUUUAAUAAAACACUCUCAGAGAUAAAUCUGACAUUGCUCAGUGAGAAUGGAAACUUUUCUUUCUUACCUCUAUAUUUUAACUCCAUGGGCUAAUUCCACCUGAGUUCGAACCAGAAUUGUUCAAUCAGCUGUGGAAAGACUGGGAUUGAGGGAAGGAUCUCCUGGACAAUGUGAUACAGGCACAGCUGAAUAAGGAAUAUCUGCAGCUCUGUGCAUUGUUUUAUUUUGAAGACCAUUUUUCCCUUUGUGGUGAUUCUCUUGGUUUUGCUCUUUGGUUGUUGGAAUCUUGUAAAACCUGUACCUGUCUUUUGAGCUGGUUCAGAAGGGCUCAGUGAAUGUGCUCAGUCUGCUCUGGUCAUUUGUGUUUAUUAUUUUCUUGUUCUCGUCUCCACCCCUCACAACUUUUAUGUGGUGUUUUACUACUGGAAACAAUAAAGCUUUUGCUCAGUAACAACUUCUGCACAUGAGUAAAAAGGUUUUUUUGUAGAUACUCUCCAAAUCCUCCAGCAAGGCAAGACAAUAAGGCAGCCAGUGGAAUUGUGAUUCAUGUGGCUGGAGUUUAAUUGAAUCCUGCACUUCAAAGUCACCUUUUGUCUCGUCCCCUCCUCUGCCUCGUGCUGGCAGGGGCACAGCCUCAGCCCCUCCGUGAAGGUUUUCCACACUGCAACCACGACUCACAAAGCAGCACCAAUUGUCCUUUUGUCAAGUGCAGUCCCCACAGCCUCCCGAGGCUCUCUGACAAUCAGGGUCCAUUAAACUUGGCCCACAGAGGAGUAUCUCUGUGUCUCCUCAUUGUUUGCAGAGCUCUCACAGCCCUGGCUGCUCCUGUUCCCUCAGCACUCAGCCUCAAGGUUUCAAAUAGCUUUUUAAUCUGUUCUUGCUUUUCCCCCGUUCUAAAAGUGCCUCGGUAAUUGCUGUUGGGAUUGUUCUGCUGGGGAGCUGCCAUCGUUCCAAGGAUGGAGUGUGUCAAGGACUGAGCAGCUCUCCUGUUGUUGCUUCCUCUCUCCGCUUGCCAUGACAACAGCUGGGAGAGUCGGCUGUGGGAUCUCAGAGUCAGGAACGCUCUCUGUGGAUUGCUGAGCUCCCCUGCUUGGCUUUCACAGUUGUGUUUUGGGAGGGGAGGGCAGCGAGAGCGACCUGCUGGUGUUUGGGCAACGUGGUUCUGAGUCUGGGCAGUCAGCAGGAGUGCUUGGACAGUGACACAGAAUGGCAAAUAACCCCUGGAGUUCAUUUUUGAAAUGAAACUUGGCAGCAGUUCCUCCCCGAAGUUGUUUCCUCUGGGGGAGAGGGCUGGUGGCAGCAGUGUCUCACCAGCUCAACCUCUCCCUUUGCUUCC